AUGUCGAAGAAACCCAUUUUCGCUGCAACCCACCCGCGGGCAUGCUCCACGGCCUUCGAGCGCGUCUUCAUGACGUGCCGGGACACGCUCCAAUGCGUGCACGAGCCCUUCGGUGACGCCUUCUACUUCGGCCCCGAAAGACUCAGCGACCGUUACGAGAACGACCUGAAGGCGAGAGCAGAGAGCGGCUUCGAAGACAGCACCUACAGGACUAUCUUUGACAGAAUCGAGCGUGAAAACACUGAGGGCAAGCGGAUCUUCAUCAAGGACAUUACGCACUAUCUGGUGCCGGCGGAUCAACAGCCGGCGUCGAUUGCGCCAUCCCUCGUGAAGUACAAGCGCGGCGUCGGCACUGACGCCGCUCAGCCUGACGCACACGCCCGCGUUGACAGCGCCCACGGCAGCGACGCUGCCACCAACGGCGAUGUCAACGCAGCGCCGAAUGGGGUGAGCCAUGAGGCGAGGAUCGAGGGGCACGAGGCUACCAAACCUCCGUACCCCUACCCGACGUUCGUUGAGCCCGGAAACCCGACGGUUGUCCCCACGGAGCUGCUCGCCAAGUUCCACUGGACCUUUUUGAUCCGCCACCCUCGCAACAGUAUCCCCUCGUAUUACCGUUGCACCGUCCCGCCGCUCGACGACAUCACUGGCUUCUACAACUUCAUGCCCUCCGAGGCCGGCUACGACGAGCUCCGCCGCACCUUCGACUAUCUCAAGAACAUUGGUCUUGUCGGUCCCAAGAUCGCCGGCCAGGAGGGUGCGGAGACGAACGGCGAGACCAACGGCACCGUCAUCCCUCCUUUCGGCACUGAACCGGUUGAGAUCUGCGUCAUCGACGCCGACGACCUUCUCGACAACCCUGCCGGCAUCAUCCAGCGCUACUGCGAGAGCGUUGGCAUCGAGUACAAGCCGGAGAUGUUGACCUGGGACAACGACGAGGAUCACCGUAUCGCCAAGGAGAGGUUCGAGAAGUGGAAGGGCUUCCACGAGGAUGCCAUCGAAUCGAGGGAUCUCAAGCCUCGCGCCCAGAAAAAGGUUCCGAAGCCCGACGACGUGCUGUACGCCGAAUGGGUCGAGAAGUUCGGUGAAGAGGGUGCCAAGGUCAUCCAGGACACUGUCGACAAGAACGUCGCCGACUACGAAUACCUCAAGCAGUUUGCCAUGAGAGUGUAA